CAAUGGACUCAGAAGAAUCCCUACUCCAACAAGAAAGAGCCAUGACCAAAGAGGUGGAUGUCUCUUAUCCAAGAAUUAGUUGCAUCUCCGAUAGCGAAGGCCUAUUGUGAUUUGCUAUUAGUUUUGAAAGAAGAAAGUUUGUGAAGAAUAAAUAUUUGGGAAGCAGGUUUGUGAUGGUGGAUGGGUUCCAGAAGGGAUAUAUGGGUGUUGGAGAUAGAGUUACUAGGAGGAACAAGAAGGAUAAGAGGUAUUUCAGUUGGGGGUUUAAUAGCAGCCACUUUUCAGGACUCAUGAGGCUGUUAUCAAACAGGCUCAGUAUUUGUCACAUUUAUGAGCUGAGACUUACUUGUGGGAGACUAAAGAGGAUAUUUAUAACUCUAAGAAAUAUUGAGGAAUUAAGGAUUGAAGGUUGUCAAUUCAAAUUCAAAACAGAGAAACUAGAGUUAAACAAGGAAAUUAAGAUCAAAGAAAUUGAUAUAAUGGCGCUUUAUACAUUUGAUAAGACUCAAAUUACGUUUGGAGAUAAAGAUUGUGAUAUAUGCACCACUCUUCUCAAACUAUUCGCUUCCAACCCCUUCAGAACCCAUCUCAACCACCUAACUCUCAACGUCCUAAAAUCCCCCUCCGACCUCCCCUCCUUCACCCAAUUCUGCACCACCAUAAACCUAACCCACACCGAAAUCCAAAUCUACACCCUCAACUGCCAAUCCAGCACUUCCCUUAUUCCUACCUCCCCUUCUCCCUAACCCCUCUUUCAACCACCC